GGCGGCGCCGCCGGCCAGUCCCGCGGUGGCCGUGCAGCCAUGAGCUCCUCGCAGUUCAACAAGGGGCCCGCGUACGGGCUCUCGGCCGAGGUCCGCAGCCGGCUCCUGUCUAAAUACGACCCUCAGAAGGAGGCAGAGCUUCGCACCUGGAUCGAGGGUCUCACGGGCCUCUCCAUCGGCCCCGACUUCCAGAAGGGUCUGAAGGAUGGGGUCAUCUUAUGCACGCUCAUGAACAAGCUUCAGCCGGGCUCUGUCCCCAAGAUCAACCACUCCAUGCAGAACUGGCACCAGCUAGAAAACCUCACCAACUUCAUCAAGGCCAUGGUCAGCUACGGCAUGAACCCCGUGGACCUGUUCGAGGCCAACGACCUCUUUGAGAGUGGGAACAUCACGCAGGUCCAGGUGGCCCUGCUGGCACUGGCUGGGAAGGCCAAGACAAAAGGGCUGCAGAGCAGUGUGGACAUCGGGGUCAAGUACUCGGAGAGGCAGCAGCGGAACUUUGAUGAUGCCACCAUGAAGGCGGGCCAGUGCGUCAUCGGGCUGCAGAUGGGCACCAACAAGUGCGCCAGUCAGUCAGGCAUGACGGCGUAUGGCACCAGGAGGCAUCUCUGUGACCCCAAGAACCACAUCCUGCCACCCAUGGACCACUCCACCAUCAGCCUGCAGAUGGGCACCAACAAGUGUGCCAGCCAGGUGGGCAUGACCGCGCCUGGGACCCGGCGGCACAUCUAUGACACCAAGCUGGGGACGCACAGGUGUGACAGCUCCUCCAUGUCCUUGCAGAUGGGCUACACACAGGGGGCCAGCCAGAGCGGCCAGGUCUUUGGCCUGGGCCGCCAGAUAUACGACCCCAAGUACUGCCCACAAGGCCCUGUGGCAGAUGGCGGUGCGGUGGGCACCAGCGACGGCCCCGGGGAGGCCUCGGAACGUCCCCCCUACCUGGGAGAGCCUGGCUGCUGAGGCCCCAGUGUGCUGGGUCCCCUGCCUGCAGCAGCACCCACCUGGGCUCUGGGGGGUUUCUGGGUUCUCGCUUGUUUUUUAAAGCAUUGCCAGGCAGGUCUGGGCAGCUGGGGGGGGCAGGGCCUUUCCCUCCCUGCUCGGGAUUCACAGACUGAGCUGGGCCAAGGUCCUCGGACACCCGGGAGCAGAUUUCCCAGGGGCAGUGGACCUAGCUUUAUGGGGGAGGGGGGGGAGGGGGGCAGCGGGGAAGGUGGCCCCCCCCCAAUGGCUUCCCGUUUCCUCAUCUCUUCCCCCUACGCCUGUGGGUUUUUGUACCGGCUGAAGUUUCAGGAAGUUUUAACCAAAGAAAACGAUAUUUUUUAUUUUUUUUUCAGGAGGAAGGGGAGGGGAUGGUAGAGGGGAGUGCUCAGAAAUGGGCCUCCUUGGAGGGGUCCAGGACACGGAGUCUCAGUGGUUGGGGAAAACCAGACCCGGCUCACCAAGGGUCCCCCUCCCCUCAGAUCCUGUAGGUUUUAAAGACCUCCCCCGGCAGCUCUUCCCCUUCUGGGUCCACCAGCUAGUAUCCCUCACCUCCUACUGCACAUGACCCCCACCCAGGGGCCCUGGACAUUGAGAUAAUGUGAAAUGCCAGUGCGGACCAAAAGCAAUAAAGACCUCUGUUUACAAGAAAA